AUGGUAGCACUUGGCAACACACAGAGCAGACCUGCAUCACCUACACAAGAUUCUGAAAUGUUGCAAGGUUCUGAAUUAAAUCAUGCAUCCCAGCAGACGUUCCAUAUUAUUCCCACAAACAAAAAUAAACCAGAACCCGGAGAUGUGUUAUACGAUCCUCUUUUAGACAGACCAGAACUUGUGUUAAUCAAACAAACACUGACUGGAGUCGAAAACUAUGCUCAAUGGGCAAGAGAUUUCAGACGAGCCUUAAUUGUAAAAGACAAAAUUGGGUUCAUUGAUGGCACUAUUCUCAUACCAUCUAAACCUAAUCUUAUGUGUUUUUGGACUCGAUGCAAUACCUUGGUGAGAGCAUGGAUUAGCAAUAGUGUAUUUGUAGAAGUAGCAGCUGGACUUCCACCCACAGAAGAUGCUGGAGAACUAUGGGCAUAUAUCAAGGACAUGUACGACACAUUAGAUCUUACAAAAAUAUAUACAAUAAGACAAAAUCUUGCUGGAAUCAGGCAAGGAAAUCAGUCAAUGACUUCAUAUUUCAAUCAACUCUCUGCAGCGUGGAAUGAACUCGAUGCUGUCAAGGAAUUAAUUGUGGCUCUACUAGAAACGCUACGACAGAUUCAACGUGUAAAGGAUCGAGAGAGGCUGACACGAUUUCUGAUGGGAUUGAAUGAAGGUUUCGUGGCAUUCAGUACCUAG